AAGCGAAAACACAAAAGAUAUGGAUUUUUCGAUUCGUUGUUUUAUACUUUGCACACUCCGUCUCGACUUCCACGAUUUGAAAUCUUCUCUUUAACCGAGUCACGGGGAUUUUUCCCUCUAGUCUUUGCUCUUUCCUCGCUGGGGUGUUGCGACACCGUUUUGCCCUUCCAUGAGGUAAACUCUGAAGUCACGAGACACGCAAUUCCAGUCCCUGUGUUGAGUGCUCAGACUGAAAAUCAAUAUCCGAGAUUCUCCGCCCAGCUUCACAACCACAUUCUCUCCGCCGCAUGGCAGAUUUUAUUCGCGGCCGGCUGGCCUCAAGUCGCUCUGCGCCUUAGAGAGUGGAGGACCUUUUAAUUUUUCUUCCCUCCGAAUUUCCUCGAAAGCUCAGCAGGUGUUGAAGCGGAGGACGCGGGCACACCGCGCUGUGACUGUCUGAGCAGUGUGGGCUGGUGUUGAUUUCGUCCUGCAAGGGAGUUAACCAUUUUCCUUUCUUGUUAGGCGUUUCUAGGAAAGAGACCGAGAGAGGCUGCAUCCGAGAGAGCUGCGCAGAGAGAGGGACAUGCGUCAUUAUGUGUCUAGGGACCUUUCACGUUUCUCUAGAGACCCAAAUCCUGUCGGCCGUCGUCUCGAUUUCCAGUGUUCCUCUGCUCCAAAAAACAGUUGGAACGAAGACAGCACAUACUAUCGCGUCAAUGUCCACCUCUCUCUGUUCCUUGUAUCGUUUGCAUCCCCGAAAGGAAUGGAGAGGAGAUGAAGGCGGCAGUCUCCACUUCAGAAAGGAGGCAUAGUCCUUCUGUCCUCAGCAGCGUGGAGGGCGCGUCUCGGGUCGCCGGAGAGCUCGUAGGGAAGAAGCGCGAAGACGAGACAGAAGGUCAGGAAGAAGUCCGAGAAAAGGAGGAAGCCGGACAGAAAAGUGAGGGAAGAAGCGCUUGCGCGGUACGUCCUGGAGAUCUUGUUCUCUUUCCGCUCCGGCAGACAGAUUCACCGGCCGCGAGUGAGGAAGCAGGAGAGAACAAGCCACGAGACAGAACCGAGACAGAGGGGGAUGGGAGAACGACCGCAGCAGGACCAGCACAAGACAGCAGCGAGCGACAGGGUGAAGCCGCGGCAGCAGAUGUCAAGAGAGAAAACGAAUCGCAGGAUGGGGAGAGAGAGACAGGAGAACACGAGAGGUCUUCAGGAAAGGCGAAGAGAGAAGGGCAGGACGGAGAGAGAGAAUUGGGACAGCAGGAGAAAAGAGGUGAAGAUCGAAGGCGAGCCGUGGAAGCUUCUGCCUCACCAAGUUAUGGUCUUGGAGAGGUCAUCUGCGUCUACAGCGAUGAACAGGAAGAGACUGUCGCAGAUCUCCUGCGCUGCACCUCAGCCGGCAAGCCUUUCAAGAGCAUGAGAGCCGGAAUAAUCACAGGCAUUCCGGUGCGUGCUCUGUCGCGGCUGGAAGCAAGUGAAGACCGCAUUGAGCCGGCGCAGCGGUCUGCUAGCGGGGAGUUUUCGCCGCCAGUCUUGUUUUCUCUCCGCGCGUCUCCCUUCUUCACGCACUCUGUCGACCCCGAAAUAGGGGCGCUCUGCUUCUUCUGGGAUCUCGAGACCACAGGCCCAUGUAACCACCGUUGCGAAAUUACACAGAUUGGGUGCGUUCCACGUCUCUUCCGCAACGGCCAUUGGGAGCGUGUCGCUCGCGGUAGCCUCUGCGAUGACGCGACAAAGACUCCAGGCGAACGGCAUGUAUUUUCGGCGUAUAUUCGGAUACAACGUGGGAUUCGGGCAGACGUGAAGGAACUCACAGGCAUAACAGAAGAGCUGCUGAACGAGAAAGGUAUCCCGCUGGAGGCGGCUCUGCUAAAGUGGUCUUCAUGGGUGCAGACAAUCGCGGCGUCGGUUCCGCGCGGUGUGCCCAUCUGGUUUGUCGCUCACAGCGGUGCCAAUUUUGACAUUCCGGUGCUGCUGCGCCACGAACAGACGCUGCGUAGAGCCGUGCGUCGAAUUUUUCCGACGGGCUGUUUUCUCAAACACGUCGGAUGCAAGUACACCGUAGAUACAGUAGUUCUCUCCCGCGCGUUACCGUGGCCGAACGCGCUAGCGCAGUCACACAGUCUCAGCAUGCUUCACGCCCAGUUAACGGGCAAGUCUCGGGAGAAGCACCAAGUUCACAACGCUGUAGGCGACUCGAUAGCCCUCGCAGAAAUAAUGGAGAAAGAACCGUUCCUCUCCGCGUGGCAGCGCAUGAAGGUGGGGAGGACGCUAAACGAAGAAUUCCAGUACCAAAACAGGCUGAGGUUCCUUAAUCUCAACGCCCUGCUGUCCACACAGACUUGAAUGGCAGAGAGGAAUGGGAGUUCUCGUGGUCAGUGGCUUCGAAAGCUGCGUAGUGCAGCGGUAACGGAGGCUCUUCAGCCGAAAACAGCUAUCGGGAGGAAAGGUAUGCGUGGAGUGUGUGCCAAGUGUAGACAUAAAGGAUUUUUGUUAGAGUCUUAAAGGGUGGGUUGAUAUUCAGGGCCGAAGCAUUUUAUUUGCGAUUUAGGGCCGGGUGCAGGUUGAGCCAAUGCCGCAAAUCGGCAGUGGAGAGUGGGAAGCUGCGAUAAUCGAGCUUUCCACGAAGGCUCCUAAGGAAUCGGUUGAAUGAGCCGAAAAAUGUGCACAGACGUGUGUUUGAUUCCGAAUCUAGUUCGAAGGGAAAAGUUCAACCCAGG